AUGGAUGUUGACGUACUAAGCCCGAGAAGGCGGCAAAAGGUCAAGACUGGCUGCAAAACAUGCAAACUUCGCCGUAUCAAGUGCGAUGAAGGGAAACCAUCAUGUAACAAGUGUCUAUCAUCUGGUCGUCUCUGCGCUGGCUACGGGAUAUGGGAUGAAGGACGGGCAUCUCCCAUCCAAUGCACCUCACUAUCAAAGCUAAACACCCCUAUCCCGCCGAUGGCAUCUCAAGAGGAAAUGGGGCACUUUGACUUCUUUCGUGUCAUCGCCGCCUCCAAGCUGGCAGGUGCCUUUCCCUCUUCCUUUUGGGAAUCCUUGGUCUUUCAGGCAAGCUCUUCAGAACUUGUUGUUCUUCACGGAGCAUCCGCUUUGGGCGCUGCAUACAAGAGCAGGGCUCAGACUAUCUGCGACGGGAUGCUGCAGAACCACGCCAGUGCCGAUGUGGCAAACAGACAAGACCAGGGCUUUGCUGUCAAGCAGCAUGCCAAAGUGCUGGAUAUGCUGCAAAUGCAGCUGCCCAGGACCGAAAAGCGGCUGCUUCGGAGCGGGCUCAUUGUUUGUGUCCUUGCGACGGCGUUUGAACUUGUUCAGGGGAAUCACAAAGCGGCGGCGACCCACCUCAGGAAUGGGUUUGUUCUUGUCCGUCGGGCGCAGAACUGCGGGUAUGAAGUUGAGCCUGAUUUGGCUGAGCCGCUUACUCGAGCUUACAUGCGGUCGAUGCUCAUAGAGGGAUCAAGAAGCUUGUCGGACCUGACAAAGGAGGCCUGGAUAUCAACUGAGAUGCCAAAGACCUUUGGGUCCUUUCGCGAAGCCAGGCGUCACCUCGACAUGUUACUCAUUGGCGCUGUACGACUCUCGGAGGACUCUGAAUCGGACAAUUACAGAUGUCCAGGCGAUAUCCAUCAGCUUGCCACUCUAGAGCGAGCUUCAUCGGCUUGGAUACGUGCAUACGAAGCAAGUCUCCAAGACCUGCUAUCCCAACCCAACCAUCGCACCAUCUACGGCGUCUUUAUGCUUCGCAUGUUCCACACCAUGGCAUCCAUCAUGAUUUCUACAACCCAGGCCCCUCACGAAUGUGCCUUUGACAAACACAUUGAACAAUUUGCAUCCAUCAUCGACCAAACGUUGAAAAUGUGGAACAUGAACGGAUUCGCUGUGGGUGGCCCCUUCGAGGGUCACCGUAGCGUCACCGGACCUAGGGUGACUUUCGACCUCGGCAUCAUAUCUCCAUUGUAUUACACGGCUGUAAAGUGCCGCAACCCGAGGCUCAGACGACAAGCUAUUGGUUUGCUCACAGUGGCUCCAUACAGAGAAGGCAUCUGGAGUAGUGUUGUGGUCGCCAAGAUUGCACGUGUGGUGGUCGACAUGGAAGAAAACGGCUUCUAUGCAGGUGUCCAGUUUGAAGAGGAUUCACUGGCUCCAACUGAUCCAGAGAGAUACGGCAGCUUGCCUAUACUUCCAGAAGCAAAUAAGUUCUGCACGGUACGGGUGUCCCGCGGGGAGGAGGCGGGAGGACGGGGGAUACUCAGCUGCAAGAAGGCGUCCAGAGCUGGGCUUUGGGUUGAAGGAAGAGUGGAAUUUGACUUUGCAGAUGAACUUUGA